ACAUUGGGCUAUAUUAAGCCUUCCAGUCAAUUAAGAAAAAAAGUCAAAAUAAAUCCCUCAUACAGCAGACAAUAGCAAACCAAAAUUUAAUUUUAACAAAAGUAACCUUUAACUCUCAUUUGGCACUGUACAGUAUUCAUUAAAUCACAACCAUCAGAAACCAAGCGUUUUAACAACCAGCAUUUCUACAAAUGUAAACUACCUGAAAUUUCACCUAUUUAUGACUUUUAAAAACAGAAGAACAGACUGCAUGUUAAAUUAAAAUAAAAAGUAAGGGAAAGUUAUGUUGUUUUAUUGUCUUUUCAGGUAAAAGCACUUAGACUUCGUUCACACUGCAGGCUGAAACGACCCAAUUCCGAUUUUUUUGCCCCUAUGCGACCUGUAUCUGAUCUUUUCAUGACAGUCUGAAUGACACAGAUCCGAUAUUUUCAAAUGUGACCCAGGCCACUUGGGUAUGUGGUCCUGAAUCCGAUAGGUAUCCGAUCUUUUGAAAUGUGACCUCUGUCUGAACAGCCAGGCCACAUGUAUCUGACCCGUACGUCAUUGAUGCGCUACAAACGUCAUAAUUCUGCGUUGAAGUAGGCGGGAAGGAGAAGAAGAAACAACAACAAUGGCGGACGAUGCUGCUGAGUCCAGUCAAUGGAAGGGAAGCGAGGUCACAGAUUUGAUUAAUAUUUGGGGUGACAGCUCUAUUCAGGCCAAACUCGAGGGCUCUUAUCGGAACCGGGCGGUAUACGAAAAUAUUUCCCGCAAAAUGACUGAGUGUGGUUACAGACGAUCCUGGCUUCAAUGCCAGCGAAAAAUUAAAAGCAUCCGAGCCAAAUACAAGGAGGUUAAAGACUGGAACAAACGAAUUGGCCGUCAACGUAUCACCUGUCCAUUUUACGAAGAGUUGGACCGCAUUUUGGGGGAUAAGCCCAGCGUUCAGCCACUAGAACUGGUGGACAGCUGCUUUGUCCAAGAGGAGCCCGAGGAGGAGAGCCCAGGUCCCGCAGCAGUCGCGGCCAGCGUAGCUAGUUGCUCUUUCGGUGAUACAGGUGAUGGGACCCUUCUAGCUCUUUCGCCUUCUGCCUCUACCUGUGAUGAAAGUUCUGCAGCAAGUGAAGAUACAUCUGUGAACAGCCAUGAAUCUUCCACACCCACUGCUUGUAUGUUUUUGGCUGUAUUUUGAUCGU